AUGGGAUCUGUGCAAUCUUGCACCCAGUGUGGGGAAACUGGACACUCGAAUUCUCGUUGUUAUGACCUCUUCAGUUACCCAGAAUGGUGGGAUCCUACGAAAGAACCACGAGGAAGAGGCCCCAAAAUGCAUCGUCAUUUUACUCCUGCAGUUGUUGACACAAAGACAGAUGAAGCUGUUAUCGUGGCUCAACAAACCUCUGCAUUAGUAGCAACUACAAGUCAAAGUGGUAAGAUUUUAAAUAUGUCUGCAUAUGUUUUGAAUGGUGCAUGGAUAAUUGAUUCAGGAGCUACAUACCAUAUGACUUUUGAUUCUAGACAUGUCUCAUCCCUUCAACCAUCCAUACAAAAAUCUGUCUCCACUGCCAAUGGUUCCUCAACCACAGUUGCUGGACAUGAAUCUAUGUCUCCUACUGAUACUUUGAAUUUAGAUUCUGUCAUGGUUGUCCCUCCUUUGGAUUAUAAUCUCUUAUCGAUUGCUCAAAUAACUGCUGCUUUAUCUUGUAUUGUGAUUUUUUGGCCCGACUUUUGUAUGUUUAAGGACAUCCACACAAGACAAAUGAUUGGUUGUGGUGUUAAGCAAGGAAAGUUGUAUUACUUAGAUUUGGUGUCACUGAGUCCAAAUAAGUUGUGUCAAGAUUUGACUAUGGACGGUUCUAAAGGGGAGAAGAGGAAGUCUGAUAUCUGGUUAUGA